AGCAGGGAAGAAGAGAACCUUUUUCUCUUUCUUAUCGCUCAUACUUAUUAAACUUUAACAAUAAAAAAAAAAAAAAAAAAAUGGAAAAGAACGCGACAAUGGUCUCUGCUGUUUCUCUCAUUCUCGUAGUAGGCGUUGCCCUAGGCGUUGUCGCUUUUGUCUCCACCGGCAACAACGACGAACCCGCCACCUCAGGCGACACCACCGGAAAGGUCACCACCCACACGAAAGCCGUGCAAGCCGUGUGCCAAAACACUGACGAUAAGAAGUUCUGCUCUGACACUUUCAGCUCCGUCAACACCUCAGACCCAACCGAAUACGUCAAAACCGUGGUGAAAAAAGCCAUGGACGACGUCAUCAAAGGCUUCAACCUAAGCGAUACUCUAAAGGUCGAAAACAGCAAGGGAAAUUCAACCGUCAAGAUGGCCCUUGAUGAUUGCAAGGACCUGUUGGAAUUCGCCAUCGACGAGUUACAAGCGUCUGAGAUUCUAGUCAAAGAGAACAACAUUAACAACAUCAACGACCGCGCUGCGGACCUCAAAAACUGGAUUGGCGCCGUCGUUGCAUACAAGGAAUCGUGCCUGGACGGGUUCGACACGGACGGGGAGAAGGAGGUGCAAUCCAAGUUGAAAACCGAAAGUUUGGACGGAAUUGGGAAGUUAACGGGGUUAGCUCUUGACGUUGUGUCCGGCUUCGCGGAAGUACUCUCGGGCUUCAAUUUAGAUCUGAUUGCCAAGACUUCGUCUCGUCGUCUUCUCGAUGUGGACCAAGAGGGAUAUCCAUCGUGGUUGUCCAUGCCGGAUCGGAAGCUCUUGGCGGACACAGCUUCCGUUAAACCUAACGCGGUUGUUGCCAAGGAUGGUAGUGGCGAUUAUAAGACCGUUGAGGAGGCCAUUAACUCCUACCCCAAAAAUCAUCAGGGCAGAUUCAUUAUCUACGUCAAGGCCGGUACCUAUGAUGAAUACAUCAAAGUUGACAAAAAGAAGAAUAGAAUUCUGCUAUACGGCGAUGGCCCCACAAAGACAAUUAUCACCGGCAAUAAAAACGUGGUUGAUGGUUAUAAGACAAUUAGAACUGCUACCUUCUCGACGGUUGCAGAAGAUUUCAUGGCAAAGUCUAUUGCAUUUGUGAACUCUGCCGGCGCGGCGAAACACCAAGCAGUGGCAUUGCGCGUUCAAGGCGAUAGGUCGGCCUUCUUCGACUGCGCCAUGCACGGUUACCAGGACACGUUGUACACCCACGCUCAUCGUCAGUUCUACCGCAACUGCGAAAUCUCUGGCACGGUGGAUUUUAUUUUCGGCUACGGCACCACCCUGAUCCAGAACUCGAAGAUCGUUGUGCGGAAGCCAGAUCCGAAUCAGCAGAACAUUAUCGUGGCGGACGGGACGGACCAAAAGAACAUGCCGACAGGAGCGGUGCUGCAAAACUGCGAUAUCAUCGCGGAGCCGGAACUGGAGAAGGUAAAGACGUCGUUUAAGACGUACUUGGCGAGGCCGUGGAAGGCAUAUUCGAGGGCAAUCUUCCUAGAAAACACGAUCACCGAUGUGAUUCAGCCAGAUGGGUAUCUUCCCUGGAAUGGGAACCUGAACCUGGACACGUGUUUCUUUGCUGAGUAUGAGAACACUGGGGCGGGUGCCGAUCUGAAAGCUAGGGUGAAAUGGAGUCGCGGGGUCCUUAGCAAGGCCGAUGCUAACAAAUACACCGCUGACCAGUGGCUCCAGGCAAACGCCUGGCUCCCUGCUACUGGCAUUCCUUUCACUCCUGGUCUCACCAAACCUUGAACUCAAACUCACCCAUCAACAAAUCCAUGUCCUGUCCCCAUUAACCAAAACAAUCUUGCUAUAUAUCCAUUCUUACUUAGGUUUAGAUGAACCCCAAUACUGUAUAGUAGCCACACUAUAGAAAUUCCUUGGAUCAUCUUUCACAUUCCAAGACUGUAUGUCAGUAAUAA